GGUUGAAAAACUAGGUUAGUGGUCCGACAGGCAUGACGGUGAAGAGAAACUGGGUCACCGAUCGAGAAUCGUUUAUGUCACAGUUCUUUGGGUUGCUUUUACAUAUUACCAGCCGCUUUCAAUGGAUAGACCGAGCUCAGUGGACCUACUGGGUAGACUGGCUGCAUCAGCUGUUUGAGGAUCAGUUCAUAUCAGGUCACACUGACCAAAUCAAACCGAAUGAAACUAGGCCAGGCUGUAUCAAACCAGACUGAGUCUAGAUCAGAUCAGAACAGAGCAGACCAAACUGAUCCAGACGAUACCCGGCCCUUCCAGGAGGACCGUUCCAGUUUCCUAUCCAGUUGAGGGCUCCAGAGUGGAUGGAAGGAGAUGAUUUUAACACAGAGGCUGUGAUGAACAUCUGUGAUGACCUGAUGGCAGACCAAAGGAUGGACAUCUCGUCUACAAUGACUGACUUCAUGUCACCUGGGUCCACUGACCUCAUCUCCAGCUCCAUCAGCACGCCCGGCAUGGACUACACCCGCAAGAGGAAGGGCAGCACUACCGAUUACCAAAUUGAUGGCUUCUCAUUUGAUGACAUGGACCCAGACAAAGAUAAACUGGGAAGUGACCAGCAGGGCCGGAUUAAGAAUGCCAGAGAGGCUCACAGCCAGAUCGAGAAGCGCCGCAGGGACAAGAUGAACAGCUUCAUUGACGAGCUGGCAUCACUGGUGCCCACCUGUAACGCCAUGUCCCGCAAACUAGACAAGCUGACGGUCCUGCGCAUGGCUGUCCAGCACAUGAAGACACUCCGAGGUGCAGCCAACCCGUACACAGAGGCCAACUAUAAGCCCGCCUUCCUCUCUGAUGACGAGCUGAAGCACUUGAUAUUAAGGGCUGCUGAUGGUUUCCUGUUUGUGGUUGGGUGUGACCGAGGAAAGAUCCUCUUUGUGUCCGAAUCCGUCUACAAGAUCCUAAACUACAGCCAGAAUGACCUGAUAGGUCAGAGCCUGUUCGACUACCUUCACCCCAAGGACAUUGCCAAGGUCAAAGAGCAGCUGUCCUCCUCUGACACGGCCCCACGAGAGAGGCUCAUUGACGCUAAAACGGGUCUUCCGGUGAAGACAGACAUCACCCCCGGCCCGUCUCGUCUCUGCUCCGGAGCCAGACGCUCCUUUUUCUGCAGGAUGAAGUGCAACAGGCCCUCUGUCAAAGUAGAGGACAAGGACUUUCCCUCCACCUGCUCCAAGAAAAAAGCGGACCGUAAGAGUUUCUGCACCAUCCACAGCACGGGCUACCUGAAGAGCUGGCCUCCCACCAAGAUGGGUCUGGACGAGGACAACGAACCCGACAACGAGGGCUGCAACUUGAGCUGCCUGGUGGCCAUCGGCCGCCUGCACCCCCACAUCGUCCCCCAGCCCAGCCUGGCGGACAUCCGGGUGAAGCCCACGGAGUACGUCUCCCGACACGCCAUCGAUGGCAAAUUUGUCUUCGUUGACCAGAGGGCCACUGCCAUCCUAGCCUACCUGCCCCAGGAGCUGCUGGGAACCUCAUUCUACGAGUAUUUCCACCAGGACGACAUCGGCCACUUGGCAGAGUGCCACAGACAAGUGCUGCAGAUGAGAGAGAAGAUCAACACCAACUGUUACAAAUUCAAGAUCAAAGACGGCUCUUUCAUCACGCUGAGGAGCCGCUGGUUCAGCUUUAUGAACCCCUGGACCAAGGAGGUGGAGUACAUCGUCUCCACCAACACUGUCGUUUCGUGUCCUAUGAUGGAGGGAUCGGACUACCCUCAGUCUGCUGCCUCACCACAGAGCAUGGACAGUGCUCUCACCUCAGAGGGUGGAGGAAGGCGGGCGCUGCAGACGGUCCCCGGCAUCCCCGGCGGCACAAGAGCAGGAGCCGGCAAAAUUGGACGCAUGAUUGCAGAGGAAGUGAUGGAGAUCCAGAGGAUCCGAGGCUCCUCCCCCUCCAGCUGUGGCUCCAGCCCUCUGAACAUCACCAGCACCCCCCCUCCUGACACCUGCUCCCCAGGGGGCAAGAAGAUUCAGAAUGGAGGGACACCUGAUCUGCCGAGCACAGGGAUCCUUCCUGGACCUGACUCUGUAGGCUACCCCUACUCCAACCAGUCCAUCAUGAGUGACAACUCCCACCUGAGUAUAGACAUCAUGGACGAUCCCGGUUCCAGCAGCCCCAGCAACGACGAGGCGGCCAUGGCCGUCAUCAUGUCCCUGCUGGAGGCGGACGCCGGCCUGGGCGGCCCCGUGGACUUCAGUGACCUGCCUUGGCCUUUGUGAGGAUGCAGGGAAACGGACCUCUUAGCAUCAGAAACCCGAUGGAGAGAGUUCACACCGCUGUAACGACUACACCGCAACAAAUAUCCAUCCUAGCUCAUUCUGUUCUCAUAGAAAAGGCUGUAGAUACUGAAGAUUUUCCUAACAGUACUACACACAAGAGGAGAUAUUUUUUAGGCUCACAUCAGUAUGUUGGGAUUUCACUCCUCCUUUCUCAUUCAUCAUUCCCUAAAAGGACCCUGAAUUUCUUUGGGAUUUUAUGUAAAUGAUGUGUUAAGAUGAUCCUUUUUGCGGUGUUGCCUGCAGACUGGGUGAGAGAGCAUUUCUCUAACAACAGGUCCCAGGAUGCAGCAGUACCUUGUCUGCUGGUAGACUGAACUCUGUCCAUCAAUGUCUCUGGGCCUGUUGUUGCCUGGUGAAGCCAGCGGCAAAAAACACGGAAUCCUGAGACGUUCACAAACAGCUAAACAUCUCUAACAGUACGCUCACAUGUCACUGCAGGUUGACGUUGUACACGGCUGCAGUGCAACCCCCCCCCAAAAAAAAAUCAGCUGUUUUAGCCAGCUGAUGUCCAGCAUGGAAAAUGUACACAGCAGUUAUCCUCUUAAGAUUUGCUCAGAAGAUUUGUAGAGGUCCUUUAACCCGAGCCACAAAGUUCCACAAGCUGGUGUUUUUCAGUCAAUUCAAAUGACAAAAGAAAAAGCCACCUAACAACAGUUAUCUCAUUCUUGUACAAGCUACUCCUCACUCCUCACUCAUUUUAAAAGAGUUUCUGACACAAACUACCUGCAGCCCAUCAGUCAGAAUGAAGUUGAGAUGAUACAUUAAAAGCUGUCCAGAACUAAUGUUCAUGAAGCUUUUGCUGUGGCAGCCAGUGAUUCCUAUGACUUGCUCAGUAGAGGUCUUCAAAAUGCUGGACCCCAUCACAAAUAAACCAGUGGGGGCGAUGGGAUGUGAUCCAAACUGGGAGCCAAACACCCAAACAGAGAGAUGCUGGCAGCAGCAUGCUGACUCAGUUAAAGCUUGAUGUGUCUCUUCUCAAUCAGAGUCCUCAUCACUGGAAAUAAUCAUAAUUCUAUUGAUUCAGCUCUUUAAAUUGGACCAUAUGGAGCAAAUUCUGACAAUGAUAAGUGUCGGAUUAGAAUGUCUCUCACUCCCUCAGACAAAUGGAUUCAUUGUGAGCCAGUGUCCAUCACCUGACCUGCAGUCCCCACUGCAUCCACUACAUGGAAUGCCAUGGCACUCCAUGUAGUGGACAGGGACCCAGUAGUCCCUGUCCACUACUACAUACCACAUGUAAGCAGGUGUUCACCUUGAAAACCAGGGAAAAUAAGGCAGAUUCAAAACAGCAUUAAACAGCAAAAAAAUUCAGUACACAUAAAGGAGUACUUGGUUAUGUAGAAUGGAAUUGAGACACGGCUUUGGCGUCUGCCCUGUCCUGUCCAGGGUCCACCAUAUCUCUCACCUAGUGCAUGCUGGGAGAGGCCUAAUGGUCAGCGACCCUCCAAGGACAAUAGACAACAAUGAUCAUCAUCACCAUCAGCAUUGUCAUCAUCAUCAUCAGCAUGUAUGUAUAUGACACAUGCAUAUGUGUGCAUGUGAUCACAGCUGAUGGCAGGUCUGCUCAGAUCCUCUCCCCAAUACAACACUGCCAGUGAAGAAAACCACAGCUUUGUGUUCACUGCUCCAUCAUGACGGAGAAGAGGAGCUGAGGUGACUGAGGUGAAGCAUCAGCGGUGUGGUGAGCUGUGUGUCUCUUAAAACAUCACACUCACACUCUGCUGUGCCUUUAGGCAACACAUGUUAGCAGGCUAAUUAACAUCAGCCCGCAAACAGAAAUACCUGGUGGUCCCUCUACACCAUUACCAUUAUGAGGCACUUAAUGAUGCAGUUGAACCUUGGCUUCAGAUGAAAACAAGAACUGACCACUUCUAACUUGUUGAAGAAAAAAGACCCCUGCGUUAUUUUUCAGACUUCCUGUAUGGGGAUCAGUAAAGGAUCUGUUUAGCACUUAAUAACACACAGAUGCUGUCUGGCUACAUGUGACUGUCCGUGCAAACUAGACUGUAAGCAAAGAGGGCUAGAACGUAGACAGGGCGAGUAUAGAACACUGAUGAAGUCACUGGGGACAGAGCUCAAGGUUUGCUGAGGCGUGUGGACAGGGUCUGGAGGGACGGCCAGGAGCGUCUAAAAGCAACGCUUCAUUUCAGCGUGGGUUUUCCUCAAAACAAUAUAAAUCCUCCAAACAUCCUCUUCACCUUGCCAGCUCUCUGCUGCUCACAUACCUUCUGUCAGAGGGUCAUCAGAGGUGGAAGGGUCUGCCUGCCUGUAUGGAAAGAAAA